AUGAAGAAAGCGCCUGAGAAGGAGAAAACGAUAUUCAUGAAAGGAAUGAUCUAUGUUCUGCAUGAUUUCUCCUGGUGGACUUCAACACAUGGAGUGCCUCACAUAGGGCUCGCGAACGCUCGAUGGCUUAGAAUCUUCUGGAUAUUCGUUGUUCUAGCAUGCCUCGGUGGUUUCAUCUGGCAGCUUACAGUUCUCCUCAAAAAAUACCUUUCAUACAGUGUCAAUACUGAGACCGCGCUCCACUUUUCCGAACGAGUAUUUCCGACUGUCACAUUGUGCCAUCUGAACCCAUGGAAGAAGGAGGAAGUAAUGAAAGCCGAGCUGAAAAUGAAACGUUUGGUCGAGGCAUAUGAGAAUCUGGGAACAAAUAGCACUGAGUAUGGCUUUAGUGAUCGACUAGAUGGUGAUCGUCAACAAAGAGCAGCAGCUCUCACUCUUAUGAUGAGCGAGAGACUCCACAGCAAACCUAGUAGCUCAAAAAUAGCCUACAAUUAUGGAGACCUUGUGAUCAGCUGCACUUACAACGCCAAACUCUGCGAACUCACAGACUUUCGCAAUUUUUACGACUCCACUUACGGUGUUUGCCAGACGUUUAACUUCAAAGGCAAUUACACGUCGUCGAAAGCUGGUCCCCUGUUUGGUUUGAGAAUGGUAAUCCGCACAGAUCAAGCUAAAUAUCUCCCCUGGACGGAAACAGCUGGCAUGGUGAUAGCGAUCCAUGGAAAGGACGAGAUGCCAUACCCGGAUGUUCUCGGUUACUUCGCUCCACCAGGAACAGCCACGUCGAUCGGAGUUCGAUUCGUUAGCACUGAAAGGUUGCCAAACCCAUACGGAACAUGCACUACUCAGACAAUGCUGGACGAAAAGCAUUACAAAGGACCAUAUGAGGUGGAGUCAUGCUUUCGGAACUGCUUGCAGGAAAAAAUCAUUAAAAACUGUGGUUGUUAUGAUCCAGAAUAUCCACAUGCCAAUGGUAGCACCAUAUUGAGUUGUGACAAUACGAAUGACACACUCUCAAGAUUGGACUGCAUCGAGCGCAUUUCGAAUGCUGACUCCUCGGUCUUCGACAUCAUCAAGGAAUGUAAUUGUCCACAACCAUGCAGGGUCGAAUCAUACGCCGCAACCGUUUCUACAGCGAAAUGGCCAUCGAAAUCUUUCAAACUCGUCAAUCUGGUCUCGGAUAUAGGAGGACAGGUCGGUCUCUUCUUGGGAAUGAGCAUCAUCUCGCUGCUAGAAUUUGCGACUCUUAUUUUACUGCUCUGCUGUUACUGCGCCACACACAAAAGCAGGAAAAGAGACAUCGAAGAGAUUGAAAAUCGCAGCAAACUGUCGACGGAGGCUGAGAGAAACAGGAAAGCAGCCAAUAAACGGAAGGGGAUUUAUGGAGAGAGCGACGUUACCCUUCCUCCUCCAGUCAUCUCUGCGAAUUGA